AUGUCUGCGCCGGGCGAAUCCACCAUGCCGGCGACGCGCCGUACUAGGAAAUCAAUCGGCGUGCACACCGAGCUUUCAAGUCGCUCACAAAAGGAAAAUGCUACUAUUGAUGUUGGCGAGUCCAUGGCUGCCAGUCGCAAAUCACGGAGCAAGAGCAUGGGUCCGGGAGGAAUAGAUGCGCUCAGGCAAGGAACUGGGAACAGGCGCGCAUCUCUUGCUGUGCCAUCCAAGCUCCCUCGCUCGAUCCUGAAGCCCAGCAUUUCUCCACUACCUGAAAUUCCGCCAUUGCGAUCACAAUCCUCGAGAAAGUCAGUAGGCGUGUCAACGGUUAGCCCACCUGAGGACGAAUUAAGCGGAUCGAAAGUUGCCGUAAGGACAGAGGAAGAACAACAAGCCGCAGCCAGAGAGAGAGAGGAGCGGGACAGGCGAGACGCUCGUCGCAAAUCGUUAGCGAAUCGCAGAGUCUCUUUUGCUGCAGAAGCAACGCUGCACACGUUUCACGAAGUAGAGUUUACGCAGAAGAAUUCGGCAGAGUCUAGACGGAAAUCAAGCUCGGGCUCAAUCAUCCAAAACGCGGGCCCUCAAUUUGCUGCCUCCGACCAGAACACGAAAGGGAAGCGAGGUUCGCUUGCUGCGCAGAAUGGUAUCCAGAGUCAAGGUGAUAACACCACCUCGAUUAUAUAUAGCUCCGACUCCGAACCUGCAGAUGCGGUGGAAGAGAUUGCUACAGACGAGGAAGAGGUGGAGGAAGAGGAGGAAGAAAACUCCAACAGCGAUUCUGAUGACGGAACAAUGAUGAGCGUUGAGACAGAGGAGGUUACAGGCACAACCGUGGCAUCUGAGAGAACCUUGGAUGACCUUGAAGAAUCAUCGACGCUUGACGAGGCUCUUCGCAUGGCUGCCCGACAAGCAGCAACUCAGCAGCUAGGAGACGGUGAUUCCGACGAUGGUGAAGAAAUCAUUCCCUCGUUUGGUUGGGUGAAAAAGGCAAACCAGCAGCCCCAAGCCAGUGCAAACAAAGAACCCAUAAAGGCACCGAUAGACCAAAACGACGAAAACGGCACAGAGAUGGACAUGGACAUGGACAUGGACAUGGACAUAACUCAAGCAGUGGGAAAGAUUCUCAAGCCAUCAGGGGCUGAGGGAAUCGACGCGGAGCAAGAACAAGAGGUUUCUAUGGACGUGACUCGUGCAUUUGGUGGCAUUCUCUCAAAGGAUAGAGAUUCGGGUGAGAUGGAUGAUGACGCCAUGGAUGAUGUUACAAUGGAACUCACGACUGUGAUGGGCGGGAUUCAAUACCCUGAGCUACCAGAUGUUGACUCCGAGAUUGACCAAAACGAAGAAAUGUCAAUGGAGCUCACCAGUGUCAUGAGCGGCCUGUUAGCCCGUCAACAAAGAGAGCAGAGCCAGGCAGCGCGGCGGGCAUCGUUGAACCAGACUUCGAAACUGGAUGACGAUGCCACAAUGGAUAUGACUGUCGGUUUUGGAAACAUUCUUUCCAGUGCUUCUAAGAACGCCGGCACCAAUGAAGAUGAAGACGUUGAUGGCGAUGCGACAACCGGCAUGGACAUAACCACAGCUAUUGGCGGGAUUAUAAGAAAUACCUCUCAAGCGCUCAGGAAGAGCUUUUUCGGCUCCCAAACAGACAAACCACAGAAUGCAUCACAACUGUCUCCUGAGGAAGACAACCCUGUUCAAAACAAAACAUCCACACCCAGUACUGCAUUACAGUCUACACUAGAAGAUCCAGCACAAUCUACUACGCCUCAAAUACUGGAGGAGCCGAUAUUUGAUUUCUCAACAACUCCACCAACGCCGGGAUUUUCCACUACACCGAAGCCACCUAUAACACGCAAGUCAACUACGCCCAGGGCCUCGGCAAUACCCAAAUUAGUAACUCCCAAAUCCUCGACGACACUCAAGUUAACAACACCCAAAACUUCAACCCCUAAAACUUCGACGACACCCAAAGCUUCAACAACCCCUAAGGCUUUGACGACUCCUCGAAAAUCACCAUCAAAGAGUGCAAGCCGAACACCCUCCCCCGCUAAAUCAUCGCAAAGGAGUGCCGCAAAAGCAACGCCGCAGAAGGACUCUACUCCUCGGCGACUUUCUGGAGUUGGUGCAGACAGAGUUGGCCUGGGAUCGCCCCAGGUUGCGGCUAUUUUUGACCGGCGGGAGUCGUUGAGCGAUUCAGCGAGCAUAUUCGUUCCUGGAAAGCGCGCUGUUGCAUUCAGUGACCCCAAGGACCUGGCAACAGAGGUAGAUGAAAGCGAUGAAGGAACCCAGUCGAAAUCCGGUGGUCAGGAUGCUACACUCAACCUUAGAGAGAUGAUUGAUAGCAUGAGCCCCAGGCGAAAUCCGUUGAGAGGCCGAAAGAGCCUCCAUAUUGGCAGUGCCAGGGGUCUUCUGGGCAAACGACCUAUUGAAUCGGACGAGGAAGAAGAUGCAGAGGAGAAUGAUGGCGUAAAGAGGUUAAAGAACCGCCAGGGUAGCCCUGUCAAGAACGUGAGACUUCAGCAGCCCCCUUCAAAAGAAGAGACAACUGCCUUCUCAUCUCCUCUAAAGGGCGGUGAUAGUAACGGUCUGCUGGGCCAGAAGCACCCCAUGGCUGCAAAAGAUAACCAGACGGUUCACGAUGUCCAAAUCCACCAACCUACGGCCAGCAACGACUUUCAGUUGUUGGAGACAAUUGAUGAAAGCCAGAUGCAGCUUCAGGACUUCUUGAACUUGACAUCGAUUCGUUUUAUGGAACUCAACACUACGAAACGGCGCCACACAAUUGCACCGAGGACAUCUCAGAGCGGCUUUCAGUCAGAUGGGGAGGGUGAUCGGUCGCUUGAGCGACGUGUCAUGGCUGGCGCCUGCACCGUGCCCAUGCUGGAACUAUAUCAGCAUUCCUGCCGAGAACUGAAGAAGUACAUAUCUGAAGGACGGAGAAUAGUGAAGGAGAUUGAGACCGAGACGUUCGAAGACAAUCCUCCACUGUUCCGAGAGUACAUAUCUGCUACUCCUGACGUCAAGGCAUUGAUGGACAAUCAGUUCAAGAACGUCAGAACCCAUGCCCGUCACCUUAGCAAGGCGAUGUGGUACGAAUGGCGGAUGAAGUUACAGGACGGGCUAAACGAAGGCCUUAUCAGCAUCUCUGACGGCAUGAAUGCCGAUGUCAAAGUUCUUGAAGAGCAGGAGAACCUUUUGAAAACUGUAAUGCCCAAUCUCGUGAGCCGAUAUGAAUCACUCUUGGAAGAGAGAAACAACCUUGAAGAAGCUGCAAAAGAAUUAGCCGACUGCGACCCUGCCGAGCUUCAAGCCGCUCGAGAUGAAUUGACCAGUCUAGACGAUGAUAUUGCUCAGAAGAAGAAACUUAUUGCCCAGCUUCGACAAGAGUUUGAGGCAUCUGAAGCCGACGUGGAGGAAUUAACGGCACAAAAAACGCAGUGCCUUGCAGAAAUCCAAGAUUCGGAACGAAUUCGAGAGGAAUGCCGCGGUUGGACCAGCACUGAAGUCAACAAUCUUAAAGCACGGGUGGAGGCCAUCGAAAAGCAGCUUGGAUGGGCCGUAACGGGCAUCUCGGGGUCAACGCUCUCGAUGACAUACAAACGAGAGAUUGAACUUGUCCUCGAUAUUGCAUCUUUCCAACCUCGGCAGCCAAACUCGCCCAUAGAUUUGUGGUACAUUGCCGAUAGCCGUACCGCCAAUCCUCUACCGAAAACUACCGAAAAGGAAUUCCUCCUGCAGUGUGUACGCGAACACAUUCGUGCACUGUCACAGAGCCGCACGAAGCUGUCUCAUCUCCUCAGCGUAAUAGGGGCUGCGUGGGACAAGUCUAAAUGGAUCUCCCGUGAGGUCAAACGUAUCAAUGUAACGUUUCCAACAAAGGUUACCAAGACAUCUGACUCCAGCAUUACCAUCACUAGUUCUCUCUUGCUGGCGCCUUUGGAAACGCGAGUCGAGGUGGCUUUCAACCUCAAAGGGUCUAGCGGACCGGAGGGAGUGAACGUAGAUGUUUCAACGGAUGCCAAGGUGGUGUAUGGGGAACAAUUCAACGUGGGCAAGGUUGGGGAGUUCUUGGGUACUAGGAUUGGGAAGAGUGUGGGAGCGGAGGGUGAGCAGUGGAGCAACGUUGUGAUGGAGCUAUAUGAAAAGCUUAUUGCUCGGGGGAAGAAGCAAUAA